AUGCCCAAUAUGCCUCCCGAUAAAAAACCAAGCAAAACACCUUCUUCAUCCAAGGAUCUCAUCCCAGUUAAUGGAAAACGAGAGCUUUUAGCAAAGUCUCAGCCCAAGCGAGAGGAUAGGGGACCAAAACCCACGACUUCAAAAGCCCUUGUCCUCCGCAACGGGAAAUAUGGAUCUCAAGGAACUGGUGAACUGAUUCAUCUGGGAAGGAUGACCGGUCGCGAAAAGUUAGAUCUUUUGGCAGACAAUCUCGUCCAGGAGUCUAAGAAAGCGUUUCUUAACCCAUUCCGCCUUGAAAAAUGCCUCAAAAUUGCAGAAUCUCAGUGUGACGCCUAUGUUGAUGAUAUCGCCAAGCUACGAGAUCCGGACCUAUUUCGUUAUGCUAUCGAGUCAGAGUUAAAAGCCAGAACGGAGCCGACGAGAAGUGAUACUCGCAAAACCCCAUCUCAUGUUGCCAAAGUAGUUGCCACAAGGGUACAUAAUGCGUACAUGCUUGCUUCUGCAUGGAAACUCGCUUCGGACAUCUUGAUCCAGAUGACUAGCGAUGGACUACGAGAUAGCAAUGUCAAAACAAUGCUUCAGAGUAACUCUAACAUGAGAAACCAAUAUUUAGCGUUGUACGAUAUUGUUGACGAACUAGUGAUGAUGUGCCAGGAUAGAUUUGCCGUUCUAGCAACAACAACUCCCCAUUAUGCAAAAUAUUUCAAACUCAAAACGACUGAAGGCGCAGAUCCAUCCGAAACUCAGUAUGUGUUCGACUGGGCGGAUUUGCGUAAAGCAGCAGAUUCUUUUCUUGAUUCUAUUAUCAUCGAGCUAUGUUUUCCGCGGGGAGCAUACCCUAAGGCAAUACUUUAUCGGAUUCUCCACGACUCCAUUGAAGAGGCUCCCCGUGAAACCAAACGUUUUCCACAAGAACUCUGGAAUGCUGUGGGCGAUCUCUCGAACUGUGUCGAACUACAAGAAAUAUUGUCAGCACCAUUGUUCGGACCCGAGGGAGAGGCAUGGCUAAAGAGUCCUCGACAAAUGCCGGAUGAAUAUGAGGCUUGGAUUGAUGCUCAAAUAUACUCUAGCAGGGCUUCCGAGCUGUUCUCCUCCUUCAAAGAUACCAUUUACCCGCUAGAGAGAACCAGAAGACCGGAAGUCAUAGACAAGUUGUGGAAUCAAAUUGACCAGAACUAUGUUUCUAUCUCUGGGGAGCAUAUUGACAAACUAUGGGGAUUAGAGGAGGUAAUUAACGUGAAGCCGCAAUGGUCUGCCUUUGCAGUCGUACCUGGAGGAUCAGAUUUGGACGGAUAUAGUCCUAGUAGUGUUAGAGGUGCAAAGAAGAAGCCACUCGCUAUAACUGCUGGAGAUGAAUCCAGCGACGACUCAAUGCCUGGACUCCAAUCUGUCUCGAACACCUCAGACGAUGACGACGACGACGAUGACGAUAGCGAGUAUUCCGAAGAUGAGUACAAUAGCGAUGGAUACAACACCGACGAAGAAGACGAACUCCGUGAAUUAUACAAAGAAGCUAUGAAUGCAGCUCAUGAGGCUGAUUGGUUUGAUACUUCCAACACACCCGCGGGUAUUGACCCUUUCCUUCAGGAAGACGAUCGUAAGGGAAACCCAUUUUUGAAAAUUUUGGGUUCUCUGAGAGGGAGAAUGUUCUCUUCAAGUCCAAAGUUGAAGACGACAACAAAGACAGAGCCUCGCUCUGGUCCAAUUCGCGGAGCCUUCAGAGCUACUCCUAGCGGGGCUCCCAAAUCCAUUCCUAAAGCUAUGCCCCCGAAGCCGGCACCGGUACCUACAACGCCAGUUUCUCCUGCUGCUACUCCUGCUGCUGCUUCAAAAAGCCAGAAGGCAACAGUGGAAGAAGUUGAGGAUGAAGAGAACAUUGCCAUGGCUGCUGCUGCGGCCAAGAAGAAAAAGAAAAAGUCGAAGAAAAAAAAGAAACCUGCUACUCCUGAAAUCCCACCUUCUUCUUCUCCUCCUUCUGCAGUGUCAGUGCCGAGUCCGGUCAUUUCGUCCGCGACACCAUCAUUGAAGAAGUCUGCUUCGGUUUCUUCCAAUGCCUCCAGCGUCAAGACAUCGACGCCAUCAAUCCCUUCGGCGUUUAUGUCUUCGACAAGUACCCUUCCUAUUGGGGAGACAACUGCUCAGUCAGCCCAUUCCUAUCUUCAGUCCCUCAACAUUGGUACAGAGAAAAAGCUUAAGAAGCGUCCCGACCACGCAUCGAUAUUCUCGACCAGUUCCGAUAUCAAGAAACCGUCUGUAUUUUCGAAACUAUCUGGUAAAGACAAGGAGAAGAAUAAAGAAGACGAGAUGAGUGCCGCGAAGCGUAGUUGGUUCAGCAAACUCAGCAAAAAAACUUCGGUCCUAAUGCAUCAAAUGCUGAAGACUGAUGAAGACAAGACAGGCGGAAGAUCGCCUAUGAAGUGGGAGCAAUUCUUAAAGCUUAUGAGAGAAAUGGGCUUUGAAUAUGAUCCUAGCACAGCUGGUUCCAGUGUUCGCUUCGAUCCACCAAACAAAGCCGACAGGCCCAUUACAUUCCACAAACGUACGGCUCACACUUUUGGUAUCUGGAUGCUGCAUACUCACAUUGUAUUGAUAGCCCAUCCUGAUCCUACCCUUCAGCCAAUCAUGUUGAAGGAGUUCGCGAAAAAGCUGAAACGAUAUUAUGGCUGGAACGAAGACGAUCUUCUGAGGAUAUGA